AAAAAGUAAAAGGCGUCAUUCGAAACACACAAGAAAGGCAAUACAAGAAAAAAAAUUUGAAACCACCUACACAUGGCAGCUCAAUCAUAUUUACACCUUAUUUUAAGUCAACGUUACAAAUGACCAGCACGACUCGCGCGUGCGUGUACCACUUUCUUCCCGCCUCCUCUUGGGCUCGUGCGUGUGAUGCUGCAGUGACGUCACCAAAGGGGCUCUGGCUCGAGGCGGCGGCAGGUUGAGUACAGUCAUCAGUGGUCUUCUUCUUAACCGGACCUUUUUCGGGACCAGCGCGGCCCAACAUGGACACACGCCGGUCGCUGACUUUUCCUGUCUUCCAUAAUCAUCUCCCCAUGUGAGGAAAAGUUAUGAAGUUAUUGAAUUUGUGAGGGUGUGUCGUCAUUACGCUAGUCUUGUGCCAGCCAGGAGGGACAAGUUGCGUCCUUGGUGAUGUUGUCUUCGUAGGACAUUUUGGAUGAUAAUGCUGCUAGAAGCUUCCAGAGACUUUUUUGGAGAAAGAUGAUUAGCGAAGAGAGAAGCAGCCAGGUCAAUAAACAAGCUGUAGUGGGUUUGUUGAUCCGCUCCCCCAAAAAGAGACUGGUCCAACUGGGCCGGAAAGCCAGCAAUGGAUCAGCACAGUCCAACAGCUCGGUCAGCACCGUCCGCUCCACAGAGAGCACAGGGGUCCGGCAGCCCGCUAAGUCCAAAAUCCGCCGCCACAACAACCGCCUCUCAAGCGUUUUCAACCGCAGUCCCAACCUGAGGGAUGGCGCUCGCCGCAGCCCCGCACCCGGCCACCCGGGACAAGAGCAGCUCCAGGCAGAAGAUGAUCCGGCUGAGCUGUCCUGCCAGGUGUCUGUCCCGGGGAUCCUGAAGAUCUUUGGCAGCGACAUCUGCCAGGGGACCAACUACAAGAGUGUCUUGGCCACCACGCAGUCCAGCUCUAAAGAACUGGUGAAAGAAGCUCUGGACAGGUACUGUCUGGAAAAAGAGGAUGCCUGUGACUACGUGUUGUGCGACGUGAUUGGCCAGACAAGUGGUGAGACCAAGUGGAGGCGGGAAUGCUUCCGUGUGGUGGGGGACAACGAGAAGCCCCUGGUGCUGCAGUCAUUGUGGAAACCUAAAGAAGGUUUCUCCAGACGCUUUGAAAUCCAGCGGAGGUCCAGCGUGGAGGAGCAGAGCUUGAAGGAGCGGGACACGGUGACAGCAGGCAUCAACGCUCAGGCCCGGAAGCUGCAGAAGAACCGCUCCAGAGCCACCUCGCUCUUUGUGGACGGGAGCGUGGAGGAUGUGGACGGGCUGGACUUCUGGAGAAGCUUGAGUGAGAUGGACCUGAGCAGCAUGGGGAAGGAGGCCAGCGCAGACCUCAGAGAGGAGCAGCAGACCGAGGCGGACAAGGUGGUGGCGAGGCUUGACAUGGAGAAGGAGGAGACGGAGAGCAGCGAUGACAACAGCACUCAGUAUUCCAUUCAUCCACCUUUUGACUUCCCCUACUUCCUGCUCCUGCACGGCUACUGCCACAGACAGGAUUUCAUCAUCUACCUGAUGAGCGGCAGCAGCACGGUGCUGGGCUGCUGCAGGGAACACUGCAACGGAGAUGAUGAGGAGAGCUUAAAAGUGGACAUCUUGCUCUUCGCUCCUGACGUGUUUCCUCAGCACUGCUGUGUCAAACGCAUGGACUCGGCCGGGGAGCCCAAAAAGACGGUGACCGUGCUGAAACCCCUCCACGGCGCCCUUGUCACCAGAAAUGGUUUUGUCCUGAAGGAGGAGUCCGAGCUCCACCCUGGCGACCUGGUGGGCUUAGGGGAGCACUACUUGUUCAUGUUUAAAGAUCCCACCAGUGCAGCAGGACGCCUGGAAACCCCUCCUUGGAUGAGAAGACUGUGUCCCAGCUCAGACACUCAUCCGUCAUCCACCUGUCAAUCAUGCAGCUCACCUCCCACCAUCAACACACAUGCUUUCCCGCCUCACUGCAGCGACCCUCAGGUUCUGCUAAGCUAUGAGCUUGAGCAGGAGGAAAAAGUCCUGCAAGAGAUCAUGAAUAUGUUGGAGCCCAGUGGACCAGCACCAAAGCUGACAGCUGCCUUCCUGCUCAGCCUCUGCAUCCAACACUCCGCCUCCACCUUCCAGCUGAGUCACUUCCGACAGCUGCUGCUACGCAUUGCAGCACGCAUCCAGCACGUUGUCUGGGACAAGACCAAGGAGCUUGCAAGGAUGCAGACAGAAAGCAGUGCUGAAGGGAAGCUCCUCCUCAGAACUCAAGAGCUGAUGUCAGGCCUGCGGCCAUUGGCCCUUUGGAUGGCCAACUCCAUCGAGUUGCUGUACUUCAUCCAGCACAGAGUCCCUCAGCUCAUGGCCUGGAGGCGGGACCAGAACCAGCAAGGUCUGAGGGACGAGGAUGUGUCCUGCACCCGCUCAGCCUGUGAGGAGGCCAUGACGGUCCUGGAGGAGGUCAUCAUGUUCACCUUCCAGCAGUCUGUCUACUAUCUCACCAAGAGUAUGUACUCAGCUCUGCCGGCGCUGCUGGACGGGAACCCCUUCUCUGAGAGUGGACAACUGCGAGUGCCGGACGGGCUGAGCAGCAUCCUGGAUCUCCUGCAGGAAGCUCUGCAGCUGUUCAGCAGCUUCCAGGUGCACCCAGACAUCUGCUUGCAGCUGUGCGCCUACCUCUUCUUCUUCAUCAACGCCUCGCUCUUCAAUGCGCUCAUGGAGAGAGGGUCCGUGGUUGGGUUCUACCAGUGGUCUCGAGGUGUCCAGAUGCGGGCCAACUUGGACCUGCUGAUGGACUGGGUCCACAGCGUCAAUCUGGGCGACGUGGCCAGCGACUUCUUCCAGAAGCUUUCUGCUGCCAUCAACCUGCUGGCUACGCCCAAAGAAACUCUCCUGCAGGCGUCGUGGUCGUCUUUGAGGGCGGAGUUUUGCUCGUUAAACACGGCCCAGCUUCAGCACAUGCUGACCCAGUACAACACGGGGAAGAACCGACCCAAUAGGUGGAAUCCUGAACCGGACCAUGCGGAGGAGGCGGCCAGGACGGCAGACAUCUUGGAGAACUUUGAGCAGCACCCCCCACUCAUCCUCCCCAGCAGAACCUUCUUUUUGGACCCGGGAGGCAGCAGCAGCCGUGACCCCGCCCUCCUGGAGCAGCUGGCGCGUCUGAGAGCGGUCAUAGGUCAGCACCAGGAGAUCCUCUCAGCGUGCAGCAGAACCUGCCAAAGUCCAGUCCGCCAGGACCAGGACCCCCCCUCUCAGGCCACACCCACUGAGACCCCAGUUUGCCAUGGUGACCUGAUCAGCUGUCAGGAGGUUCUGAUCCACAAAUUGAAGAGUCUGCAACUUGACAGCCCAAAGAACCACCAGAAGAACCUUCAUCUGGACCCCUCCUGCCUUCUGACACCGCCCAACACCCCCCAGGGCACACAGCUGGAGGCGGAGCUUCAGCAGGGUGCUGAAGAAGAAGAGAAAGAAGAAGAGAGGGAAGACGUGUUCACUGUGGAGAUCCACAGAGGACCUCACGGUCUGGGCCUGGCACUCGUAGACGGCACGAAGACGCCGCUGAGGAUGAGCGGAAUCUACGUUAAGUCUCUGGUUCCCGAGUCUCCCGCCGCGCUCUGUGAACGACUCAAGACGGGAGAUCGGAUUCUGGCGGUGAAUGGCGUCAGCUUGGUGGGUCUGGAGUACAGCAUCGGCCGGGAGCUGAUUCGCUCUUCAGGAGACUCGCUGAGACUCUUAGUGGCCAACAUGGACGCCAACAAGAACUCACACUCCACCAAAUGCUGAACAGGAAGUCAAGCCUGCUUCCUGCUUCCUCACACUUCCUGUUUCUCACACAUGAAACAAAAAAAGUAAUCCUACAUGAAAAGUGUUCAAAGUUCAUCUCAGUAUUUUAUAUGGUUAAAAAGUUAUUUUCCCGCUUUGUAUUUAUAAACUAUUUUCACACAUUGUAAUAUUUAUACAAGUCUUCUUCUACAUAUAAAUAAAUCUUAUUUUGUCUUUGA